GCCUGCAGAGCGCGUGUGCGUGUUUACAUUUGGGCUCUCCCGCGCAAAAGAAAAAAAUACAGUUCAACAACUCUGGCUUAUUUCACCAAAUUACCGGGAGUACAUUGUAAUCGUCACAAUGGCGAACAUCGAGGUGACUUUUCCUUAUGAAGAUGAGCCAUUAAGAGUGAAAAAGUGGAAAGUAUCCGCAGGAACAACAGUUACUGCCGGUAGGAUUUUAAUGCUCUACCAGGAUGUCGAUACAGGUGACGUCGAGAAAAAGCUCAAGGCACCACAAUUUGGACGCUUAGUUAAACUUCUUGUCAAAGAUAAUGAGGUCGUUUAUCCCGGUCAACCAGUUGCCAUUAUGAAAGGGUGUACUCAUCCAACAGUAAUGAAAGAUCUGUGUGCUGAGUGUGGAGCUGAUUUGAGAGAAGAAUUUGCAACAAAUCCAAAUAUGUCAUCGGUAUCACAGGCCACUGUGCCUAUGGUUCACAGUGUUCCAGAACUCAAAGUUACAGCUGAAUUAGCAGAAAAGAUUGGUCGAGAAGAUAAAGAAAGGUUGUUGAAGGACAAACAGCUAGUAUUGUUGGUAGAUCUUGAUCAAACUAUUGUUCAUACUACAAAUGAUAACAUACCAGCUAAUAUUGAGGAUGUCUAUCACUAUCAACUUUAUGGGCCACAUUCACCUUGGUAUCAUACAAGAUUGAGGCCUCAUACAAAAAAUUUUUUGGCAGAAAUAAGCAAGUUAUAUGAAUUGCACAUUUGUACUUUUGGUGCAAGGCAGUAUGCUCAUAAAGUAGCUUCACUUCUUGAUGAAGAUGGAAAACUGUUCUCACAUCGGAUAUUAUCCAGAGAUGAAUGUUUUGAUCCUCAAUCAAAAACUGCUAAUUUGAAAGCGUUGUUUCCUUGUGGAGUUGAUAUGGUUUGCAUUAUUGAUGACCGAGAUGAUGUAUGGCAAGGCUGUGCAAACUUAGUUCAAGUAAAACCUUAUCAUUUUUUCUUGCAUACUGGAGACAUACAUUCACCUCCGGGUUUGGGAAAACAUGAUGAUCCUGUUCCACAAACUUUGAAAGAAGAAUCUGAUGCAUUAAAUAGAUCAGAUGAAGUCUCUGAAAAUAUCAGUGAUAAAUAUAAAGAAAAAGCUAUUGAUAGAGAUAAAAGUACUGAAAAAGAAGUGGAUGUAAAAAAGUUCAAUGAAACAAUUGACAAAACAUCGAUAAGCAAAAAUGAAAGUAAUGAUGAGUCUAAUCCAGAGACUAGUAAACAGAAUAAUCAACCUAAUUAUAGCUCAGAAAAUUCUAGUAGUUGUGAAAUUAAAAAUGAAGUAGUUGAUGGAAAAAGCAUAAAGAAAGAAACUGAACAGGAGGAGUCACAGCUUUUCCAUAAAGAAGAUCAUGAUGAUUAUUUAUUAUAUUUAGAAGAUAUCUUAAAAAGGAUACACUUAGAAUUUUACAAUUCAUCAGAGGCAGAUGCAAGGGCGAAAACUCUUAGAGAAAUAAUACCAAGAGUGAAGUCGAAAGUUUUGAAAGAAUUAACUUUGACUUUUAGUGGUCUUAUACCAAACAAUCUAAAAAUUCAUCAAAGUCGCGCUUAUAAAGUAGCCAGAGCAUUCGGAGCAAAAGUGUCGCAGGAUCUUACGGACAAAACAACACAUUUAGUUGCCAUUCAACCUGGAACAGUCAAAGUAAGAGAGGCAAAAAAGAAGGGAAACAUUUGUAUAGUUAAUCCUGAUUGGCUUUGGACUUGUGCAGAAAGAUGGGAACACGUUGACGAACGCUUGUACCCACUGAAAGAAGUACCUAUGCACAAGGCUCGCGAAUUCAGGAAGCCGCCAGCACACUGCAGCACCCCCGAGCACAUAGAAGAAGAUGCUCUAAAGAUAGAAGAUAAUUUCGCUAAUAGUAUAAAUCCACUAAUGACCUUCACACAAGAAGAAAUUGAUAAGAUGGAUAAAGAAGUAGAAGAAGAUAUGUCUGAUCUCGAUCUCGAUGAUAUUUAUGGUGAUGGCGACGACGACGACGAUGAUGAUGACGAUGAUGAUGAUGAUGAUGAUGAUGAUGAUGAUGAUGAUGAUGAUGAUGAUAAUCAUGAAGAAAUGAGUCAUAAAAGAGAAAUUGACUCGGAUUCCAAUGAUGUUUACGGCUAUGAUGAAAUUUAUGAUGAGUCUCUGAAAUCCAAAAAACGGAAGAGCGACAGUGACGAAGAAAGCAGUAGUUCAGGGGAAAAUGAGAGGAAAAGACAGCGCUGUUUCGCAGAAGAUGAGGAUGAAGACGAUCCAGUGACUCGAUUUCGUCGGGGCGAGGGUUUACCCGAUGAUCUUGAUCUAGGUGAUAACUCGCAAGAUUCGGUUGAAAAUCUUGAAGCUGAAGAUAUGGAAGAUGAGCGUGAAUGGAAUGCUAUGGGCGCUGCUCUCGAAAGGGAAUUUAUGUCGGAGUAAACAGUGUUGUGGUAGACUUUGAGUGUAACGGGAGAACUAUAAAACUUUACUUUUUUAUAUGAGGUCUGUUAAAACGUUUUCUUUUUCAAACUGUGAACAACUAUAGGUUUUUUAUUUAGUUAUUUGUAAAAUUUCUGAUUAUUUAAGUUAUCCGAACUUCAGUUAUGUGUAAAGAAAAAUAAUGUUUCUUAAUGAUUAUCAUUGUUUCAAAGAGCAUAAGUUUCAAUAGUGACAUAAUUUUGUAAUUUUUUUCCCUUUGAGUAAAAAUUGUAGUUAGCUUGAAGUUAUUAAGAUCAUUGUAAAUACUAUACAUUGGUAUUUAUUAUUCAAGUGUAAGAUUAUUCAUUAAAUGAUACGAACAUUAAAGAUUAUUACAUUU